AUGAUGCUGGAAAAGUGUUCCUUCUGUAAAAAAGGGGAAUGUAUCAAACCUGUAAAAGUGGAAAAAAAGCCCGGAAAAGCAGCAGCUAAGAUCAGAAUUGAAGCAGAUGGAAGCUAUUUUCAGAUCAAUCAGGAUGGAGGAGCACAAAAACUGGAAAAGGCUAAAAUUACUCUGAAUGACUGUUUAGCGUGUAGUGGCUGCAUUACAUCAGCAGAGAGUGUUUUAAUCACUCAACAGAGCCACGAAGAGCUCUGCAAAAUGCUAACUUUUAACAAGACUGCGGCUCCCAAUGAACAGAAAUUGGUGGUGGUUUCUGUUUCGCCACAAUCCAGAGCUUCACUAGCUGCAAGAUGUAAAAUGGAUGUUCUGGAAACAGCGAAGAAGUUGACCUCAUUCUUAAAGAGUUUAGGUGUGCACUAUGUAUUUGAUACAACUUUCUCAAGAAACUUCAGCCUAUUGGAGAGCCAACAAGAGUUUGUAAAACGCUUUCGAAAGCAAUCUGAAGACAAAAAGGCUUUGCCAAUGCUAGCUUCUGCCUGUCCAGGUUGGAUCUGCUAUGCAGAGAAAACCCACGGCAGUUUCAUCAUUCCUUAUAUCAGUACCACCAAGUCUCCCCAGCAGGUCAUGGGCUCCUUGGUCAAGGACCAUUUUGCAGAACAGCAGCACUUAACGCCUGACCAGAUAUACCAUGUGACAGUAAUGCCCUGUUAUGACAAAAAGCUAGAGGCUUCAAGGCCAGACUUUUUCAACCAAGAGUACCAAACGCGUGAUGUGGACUGUGUAAUCACCACAGGAGAAGUGCUAAAGUUGUUGGAACAAGAAGGAGUAUCUCUAUCAGAUGUAGAUCCUGCUCCUUUGGAUACCGUGUUUAGUGGUGCUGCACAAGAGGAGCUCACUAGCCACUCUGGAGGUGGUUCUGGUGGCUAUUUGGAGCACAUAUACAAGUACGCAGCCAAGGAACUCUUCGGAAUUCAAGUAGAUACAAUUCAGUACAAACCUUUAAAAAACAAGGACUUCCAGGAGGUGACACUGGAGAAGGAUGGAGCAGUGCUGCUCCAGUUUGCUUUGGCAUAUGGGUUUCGAAACAUACAAAACUUAGUGCAAAAGCUGAAACGAGGGAAAUUGCCCUAUCACUACGUUGAAGUCAUGGCCUGCCCAUCAGGCUGUUUAAAUGGAGGUGGUCAGAUCAAACCAGAUGGUGAAUCCAGCAAGGACCAGCUUCAGCAAGUCGAGAGGUUGUAUGAGUCUCUCAAGACUGAAAUUCCAGAGGAGACCCCGGCUGUAAAUGAACUGUAUGAGCAGUGGCUGGGUGGCAUGGAGUCAGAAAAGGCUGCAAAAGCUUUGCACACAGAGUACCACGCGGUGGAGAAAACAAGCACUGGAUUUAACAUCAAAUGGUGAAGACUGACGCUGCGAAGCCCAGAUGCAGAUACUCGGUGCCUUUUUAACUCAGUUAUAUUUAAGAUUCUCAAAAGACAGCUGAAGUUCUGUGCUAUCACUGGGAGUUUGCAAUUUCUGACUCUCGUUAGGGAUGAGAAGGUAAUGUGCACAUAGGCAGGCGGUAUUAAUUCCUACAGCUUUAUAAUUAUUGAAGCGAUGUGAAUAAAAACCAAACGCUGACUUAAAACACAUGUCAAAAGAAGCAGUAAUGCAUCCUAGCCUCUAGGCAGUCUUUAAGGACUAAAGCUGCACUCCCUUUACAACCCUAUGCCUGCCAGAACUGAUGGAUUUAAGGCACUGAAGGAUUUGGCUUGCAGUAGACUGUAGCCUCACCGAGAUGAGCUUUAUGCUACGUGACAGUAUUACUCGUCCAGGCCUUGCUGUAUUUUCACAGCACUGAGUUUCAUGGGUGUCUCUGUCGGGACAUCCUCCUUUAGUUAUAAAUGGUCUCGUUAGACCUUGGGCUCUGUUUUUCCAUUUCACUGCCCCUGACGGGGUGCCCUUGAGGUCCAGCUGCAGUAGCUUUGCCCUGUCGGAGGGGGUGGGUACCAGCAGCCUGGGAUCACGUGAGAAGCAUCUUCUCUGGGGCUGUUGUACUGCCUGCUGAAAUGUGACUUGAAUGAAUGUUGAAGAAGAAAAAGCUACAGUGAUUUCCCCCCCCCCCCCUUUAAUUUCAACAGUUGUCUAUAACUGUGGGCGAUUACAUCUCUCUUUCUCUCCCUAAAUAUAUAGCAGAGAGAGUCACAGAAUUGCCACAUCUACCCCAUCCUCAACAGCCGGUCACUGAUGGAUAGUAGCCUUAAACUCAGAGAAAACAAUUUUUUACGGUGUUUCAAGUAAGAAUUUAUUGCCGACUUUCUUUCCAACGAAGGACAAAGUCCUUGGUGUCUCUGAAAGGUGUUACUUUACAGAAGUUAAUAGAAGGCGGCUGUGAGAUGUAAUCAUUACAAGUAGUUUACCAGAACAAUCCAAGAGGUUAGUAAAACCACAUCUGGUUUAAGGCAGCGUAUUACGAUGCCUUGUCAGAAGGCAGAUGGAUGUGAAACAGAUUUGGUCUUUUGUUACUGGAGAUGACGUGUGCCUGUCUUGCGAUCUGUAUUUUUACAUAUGGGUGUUUUCAGACUUAUUUACAGAAAAACUACGGAAUGAA